UAAGGUCCGGAAAAUAGUAGCGAUUUUAAUUCUAUAAUAAGAAAUUUUUCCUUCUCCAAUCGAGGAAAAUCAGAAGACACAACUCUCGGAUCAAGUAACACAAUAAGUACAUUACUUAUUUCAUUUUCCCCUAUACCUGCCAGAGUUAAAUUGUUAGCAUUAAGUGAGUAAAAUGGAGAUAAAAAAUUCUAUAUUUGAAGAAGAGAAAGAAGAAUUUCUUUGGGAUAAAAAUGCCUUGAAAGAAUUCAAAAAACUUAUCGGUGACGUAGGGAUCAAAUGUCGUAUGGAUGACAUUUUUCUUCUGGGAUUUCUUCGUGCUAGAAAAUUUGAUUUGCAAAGUUCUCUCCAAUUGCUUACAAAAUAUUACAACACCAGAGCAAACUAUCCUCAAUACUUUAAAAAUCUUCUUCCUUCCAAGUUGCAGAACGUUUUGGACAUGAAUAUUUUACAAUUCUUGCCAAAACCUGAUCAAAACGGAAGAUAUAUUUACAUUUUUCGAUUUGGAAAUUGGGAUCCUUCUAUUGCAAGUGCGACUGAUUUAUGGCGUGUUGUACCAAUUGUUUUCGACUUACAAAUGAAUUUUCAUCGAACUCAAAAAAAGAAAAUCGUUUUUAUAAUAGACGGUGCGGGAUUAACUUUGUCACAUUUCCAAUAUCUCUCACCGAGUGUCGUCAAUGGAAUAGCCACGCUUGUUGCUAAAGAUACCCAUCCAAUUCGGUACAAGACAGGGCAUUACGUUAAUUUAAAUAUCAUAUUUAAAGCCUUUACAAGUAUUAUACUUCCGCUUGUAUCAGAUGACUUUAAGAAAAGGUUGUAUUUUCAUUCGGAUAUGAAAACGUUACACGAAUUUAUCAGUCCAGAUUGUUUGCCAUUAGAAUAUGGAGGCAAAUUGCCAAGUUUUGAUCCCACCGAAUCCAAUAAUAUGUUGAAAGCUAACGAAGAAUUCUUUCGAAGGAACGAAGAGUAUGUGAAAUUGUACGAAAAAGAAAGAAACAACAAUGUAAGCAAUGGCGUAUCUAAAUAUAUCAACGAAGAUAUCGAAGAUGAAAAAACUAAACAAUACAUAGAGAGGGCUGAAGAAAUAUUUCAAAGACAUUCUGAAGACCCAGAAGCGUUUUUAUCCUGCAUGAAAAAAGAGUUUAAAUUUAAAAUAUUUUUUUUCAGGGUACGUAUUCAACUAAUUUCCACAUUAGGCUAAUCCUUCUAUGAAUAAUUUUUUACUUUAAACUCAUAGAUAAAAUGUAUGUUUGUAGUUACAUUUUCAACUGUAAAGAGAAAAUGAAGUGUAAUUUAAAAUUUAUUAAACAGAUAAUACGGCAGUUUAUUUUUUAUUAAAAUCAAACAAACACAUGAAAUUUUAUCUCAAUGUCCAGCCUAUUCUCAAAGGAACACCUGUCGGGAAUAAAAAUCGUCUAGCGCGCGGUUUUCCCGCCUUUUUCGUGAACGACCGUUAUCGCCAUGGAAACGGCGAUCAGAACAUUUUGAAAACUCGACCGCUGAUUGGUUAAGAAACAUCGGACGAUCGGCGGACGUCUUAUACAGCUGGUAGAUGCUGAUUGGUGGAGUUCAAUGUAGCUUCAAUCCUAUAAAAGCAGUGAAGUUCUGGCGGGAAGUUUAGUUCGCUUUGGACUCGUAGAAUGAACUCACGUUGACCUUAGUUGCCGGAGCUGUCUUAGAAGAUCGUCUCAUCUUGUUGUGUUGUUGUAGACUUUGAAUUUGUGCGUCGCAAGGUGCUUUUCCGACGGACCUGUAGCAGUGGAUGAUUACUUUGAACUUUGUUAAUAUCUAAUGUUUGUAAUUCUUAUAUGUGAACUUUAAUUGUAACUGUACAUACGUUUUUGUUUUAAUAUAUAUACAAGUUUUAAAUACAA